CCCUUCUCUGUUACCAUCCUUCUCACUGUUGGAGCCCAGAGUACCCUUGCCGGAGGGACUUUUUCCGGUGGGAGUACUCAUCUGAGUUUGGCAAUGAUGCCCAUCAGAGUGACCCAGAAGAUUACACUCUUUGCAAAAGUCUACCCACCAGAGAUGCUAUGGAGAAGAGAGCCUGAAAGUCAAUCAGAUGCAGAGGCAAUUUCUCCAAUUAUGUCCCUUGAGUUGAUUCUUCUAAUCUUGAAAUUGCUGAAACCCACCCUUAGCAUGAAUGCCUUUAAUGUUGAUAAGUGCUGCUCCUUAUUGAACCUUCCAACUGCUGAGAAGUUCAUUUUGCUCUCCAGAACGGAUGAGAAUCUAUAUCCAUUCCACCAACUUCCAAUUGUGGUUGGUCAUAAAAAUGUCGAGCAAAUCCCAAUGAAGAAAGUGGGAGAAACCACGGUCCCAAAGACUGAGUUCGAGUUUGAUGUCGAAGACAUCAAGAAGGUGGAGAAUUAUGCAAAGGCCAUCAAUAUGCUAUAUUGUGCGGUCAAUCCCGACGACUACCGAAAGAUCUCCUGCUGCACAACCGCCAAGGAGAUGUGGGACAAGCUUGAAGUGACGUACGAAGAUGAGAAAAUCGACGACAUGUUUGAUUGGUUUUCAAAGAUCAUACAUGAUCUUCAUGCUCUUAAGAAGAUAUAUGCCAACAAGGAUCUCGUAAGGAAAAUCCUGCGGAGUCUCACCCCUGAAUGGAGAUCAAAAGCCAAUGCAAUCUAUGAAUCCAUCGGAGUCUCCAACGUCACCAUCGACGGGCUAAGAGGUAACCUUAAAAGUUAUGAAUCUACUAUUCUAACCCCGUCUUUGGAUGAACAAAAGAAAAAGGGAAUAGCUCUCAAAGCCACCAAGGAACCGGUGGAAGAGGUCUCAGGCGACGAUGACAACGAGUUUGGACUCGUCAUCAAAAAGUUCCACAAAUUCAUGAAGAAAGAAUUUGAGCGGAAGGGAAGGAAGCAUGACGGUCCUCCUAAGUGCUACGGUUGUGGCGAGAUUGGCCACAUCAAGCCGAGGUGUCCAAAGGCCAAGCAUGGCAAGGACAAGUCCGGCUUCAAGAAGCAAAGGGCUUACAUCUCUUGGGGUGGCGAUUCCGGCGACGAAUCAACCGACCAAGAGGAGGAUGAAGCUGCAAACCUUUGCCUCAUGGCGCACGAAGAUCAAAGCGACGACGUCCAAGAGGCAUCAAGUGUACUUUGGUACCUUGAUAGCGGAAGCUCCAAGCACAUGACCGGGGAUGCAUCCAAGUUUCUCCAAAUUAAACUCGCUAAAGGAGGGAACGUGAUCUUUGGAGACAAUAGCAAAGGAAAAAUUAUCGGCAUUGGUUCGGUAGGUAAAUCCAAUGACUCCUCUAUAGAUAAUGUCUUGCUAGUUAAAGGUCUUAAACACAAUCUCUUGAGCAUAAGUCAAUUAUGUGACAAGGGAAAUCGUGUGACCUUCGAUUCAAAAUCAUGCAUGGUAGAACGCCUUAGUGAUAAUAAGGUUAUUCUACGUGGUGAUAGAAUCGAUAAUAUCUAUAUGGUUAACUUAGACAAAUCAGCUUCCGGCUUUGCUAAGUGCCUCAUGAGUAAAGAGGAAGACACUUGGUUAUGGCACCGAAGGGUAGCUCAUAUGAACAUGAACCUUUUGAACAAAUUGGUUUCACAAAACUUAGUAAUUGGCAUUCCAAAACUUAAGUUUGAAUAAGACACCAUUUGUGAUGCGUGUCAAAACGGGAAGCAAGUUCGGGCUUCGUUUAAGUCUAAAAACGUUGUUUCAACGUCUAGACCGCUUCUUAUCUGACUGGAUCUGAUACGUCUGGUAUGAUUUUAAGAGGAUACUCCCUUUGUCUCCCAUAGAUUUUCUUAGAUACCAUUCACGUAGUUAAACUU